AAGAGAGAGCGAUAAAGACAGAGGAUAGAGGGAUAAAGGCUGAUAAGGCUGCAGCAGACAGCUGGUUACAGAGAUAGAGAGGAGAAGAGUGAGAGGGUGAGUGGAGCUGAAUCCUCACUGUGACUCUGCUGCAGCUUCUCUCUGUCACUGACUGACUGAUCCAGCACAGAUGACGCCAUCAGAGCACCUGACCUGUGGGUGGUUGCAGCAGCUACUUGUUGUACUUCUGAAGCUUUGCCUCGCCUCUGCUGGGCCUUUGAGACCAUUCAAUGGGACCGAAUGCACAGCCAGGGGUCCUGCUUCCUACAUCCUGGUCUUUACAGGUCACUGGAGCCCCCAGGCAUUCCCCAAGCAGUAUCCACUGUUCCGGCCCCCCGCACAGUGGUCCAAACUCAUAGCGGUCAGCCAUAAUCGCCGUUUUCGGCUGUGGGAGGAAGGUGCUCCAGCCAGUGCAGGGGUGCAGAACUUCGCUGAACUCGGGGUGACGGUGGAGCUGAUGAAGACAGCCAAGGAGGCCAGGAAGAGACGCAUGGUUGGCGCCAUGUACCGAACGGCCGGCAUCCCUAACGGCAUUGGGCACAGCUCCACGGAGAUGCUCAUGCAGCCCCGGAACUCACUGCUGUCCUUGAUGGUGAAGAUGAUCCCCAGUCCCGACUGGUUCGUUGGCGUGGACAGCCUAGAUCUUUGCGAGGGCAGCCACUGGAAACAGGAAGUGACCAUUGACCUCCAGCCUUAUGAUGCAGGGACAGACAGUGGAUUCACUUUCUCCUCUCCCAACUUUCCCACCAGCCCCCCCGAAAACAUCACAAAGAUCACGUCUCAGAUGCCGAACCACCCAGCCAACUCCUUCUACUAUCCACGCUUAAAGGAGCUCCCACCAAUUGCCAGCAUAAAGAUCUCUCGACAGAGCAGGUCACCUGACCGUCAAACCCCAAUGUCCAAUCAUAUUCUGCCUAACUCUAUCAGUCCCCAGCGCUUCUCAGUGACACCACUGGACUGUGAAGUGUCUCUCUGGUCGUCCUGGGGCUUGUGUCUGGGUCCCUGCUCCAGAGGCGGAGUUCGCCACCGCACGCGUUACAUCCUUUUGCGGCCGGCCAAUGCUGGCACUCCAUGCCCUGAACUGGAGGAACAGGCUGAAUGUGUACCACACAGCUGUAUGAAACUUCAGUAACCCACAGAGCACACAGUCACAGAUACUGCCAGUAAUUUAGCACUGGGACUUUGAUGUUAUUACUGCUGGACUGAGAAAUUCUGCUGCAUCUUGAGUAUCGCCUUCAUAAUGCAAAAGAUUGUUUUAUCUUUGUCAUGUCCAAAUUGUGGACAUUUAAGACAUGCUGCGUUAUCUGUGCAGCCCAUUAGUUUUACAUUUAAUGACAGUAAACGGAAACUUAAGGCUGGUUGUAGCAGAGUGUUGGACAGGUGUUAGGGUUUGAGAUGACACUAUAAGUGUUUUUAGGUUUAAAAGUGAUUUUUAUAAAUUGCCAUGGAUGUGGAGUUGAAAAACUGAAAGUGGGAGACAUGACGUGUGUCCCCUCAAAGACUUGUACAAGACCUAUUAUGGUUUGUUCAUUACCAACAGCAUACAGUGCAGUUCAAAAGUUUUGGAACACCCCAUUUUUCCCCAGUUUUUAUUUAAGCAGUUCAAGUUCAGUGAAUAACCAUAAAUGAUAGAAAGGUAAGUAGUAAACUGCCCAUGGUAAAAAAAAAAAAAAAAAGCUAAAUUGCAAUGUUGCAUUGCAUAU